GCCUAUCAAGUUAUUUUAGGAAUUAGUAAAAUUAUUUCGUAAUAUUAAGCCAUCCCAGCAAUGCUUCUGUAACUGUUAUCAUGUUACCAUGAAUAAUUGUUUGUGUUUUGUUAUUUUUAUUUUAAUGGCAUCUAGUUACCCUAGGCAGACAAUUGAAACAAUAAAUUCAAUAACAUAAUAGAAACAUCAAUUUAUCCCGACAAAAUGUUGCUAUUCCUGAAACGCAGCAUCUCCACCUCCAUCAUCCGGUAUCCCGCACGGAAGCAAAUCGAAGCAUUCAAGCCAUACUCACCCUUCCAACUGACAAAGACUCGUACCGAAUGGACAUUGGCGCGCCUAGAUGACCUGAUCAAUUGGAGCCGUAAGGGCUCACUAUGGCCCAUGACCUUCGGGCUCGCGUGCUGUGCUAUUGAGAUGAUGCACAUCGCAGCACCCAGGUACGAUAUGGAUCGCUACGGUGUGGUUUUCCGCGCCUCGCCUAGACAAACCGAUGUUAUCAUCAUUGCGGGAACAGUCACCAACAAGAUGGCACCGGCGGUUCGUAAAGUGUAUGACCAAAUGCCAGAACCCCGAUGGAUUAUUGCGAUGGGGUCAUGCGCUGUGGGAGGAGGAUAUUACCACUACUCCUAUUCGGUGUUGAGGGGUGUGGACCGCAUUAUACCAGUAGACUUUUUUGUGCCGGGAUGUCCUCCAACUGCUGAGGCACUAAUGUAUUGUAUUUUACUGCUGCAGAGGAAGGUCAAACGAAUGAACCCUAUUCAAAUGUGGUAUCGCAAAUAAUUCAAUAUGACCAUAAAUGAUCAUAAAUGUACAAUGAGAAAAUAUAACUCACUUGCAGUUC